AUGAAGAUGUCGUUCGAGUCGGAGAUCGGCGCGCAGCCCCCCCUGGGAUUCUGGGACCCGCUCGGCCUCCUGGCCGACGCUGACCAGGAGCGGUUCGAGCGCCUCCGGUACGUGGAGGUGAAGCACGGGCGCAUUGCUAUGCUCGCCAUCGCCGGCCACCUGACCCAGCAGAACGUCCGCCUCCCCGGCAUGCUCUCGAACUCCGCCAACCUGUCGUUCGCGGACAUGCCGAACGGUGUGGCUGCUCUGUCGAAGAUCCCCCCGGCGGGCCUUGCCCAGAUCUUCGCGUUCGUGGGCUUCCUUGAGCUGGCCGUGAUGAAGAACGUGGAGGGCUCCUUCCCCGGAGACUUCACAAACGGCGGCAACCCGUUCGCAUCUUCGUGGGACGCCAUGUCGGAGGAGACCCAGGAGUCGAAGCGCGCGAUUGAGCUCAACAACGGCCGCGCCGCGCAGAUGGGCAUCCUGGCCAUGAUGGUGCACGAGGAGCUCUCCAACCAGCCGUACAUCAUCAACGACCUCGUCGGCGCGUCGUACACCUUCAACUAGAUUUUUUACCAAGUUUUGCUGAUUAUUUUACGCAACCGGUGGUCUCACCUGUUCCAUUUCCUUCUGUAGUCGGCAGAAUGAUGAAACACACGGCAACGCGUCUAGGAUUGGUCUGUUCUAGGCGGUGUUAUAUACGAAGGUCUGGGUUGAGAGCACAACGUUUCAAGCACUAGCUGGCUUGUCUUCUCUGUUGACUCUAGUAAAUAUUCUUUGUGGCGGGGUUGGGGUCAUUGCAGUUGACGCUCUGCCCCGAUUUUCCCGCAGCGUUGUCGUUGUUUUGCUUCCUUUGUUGCCCGCUUGAAGUUUUUGUGUUGGAACUGGCGUGUGUUGCCUGUUGGUUGAAGGGUGACGGGCACCAUUUUGGUAUCACGGAUGAAUCAACCUCGUCGCACACACGACUUUUUUUGUUUCUCCUUGGCGGAUGACAUCUCUCACGUCGUGGUGGUGCCAUUCACGUAUUGGGAGAUGUUUUUUUAGCUUAGGUUACGCUACAAAGCAAGCCGAUGCCUUGUUGUCAUGAAUGACCAUGGAGAUGGCUGGUUGCAGGCAGCACUGCUGCACACGCAUCGAAAACAUUUGCUGGCGUUGCUCGAGCUUGCAAACUGUACGUCCAUGUUUUAUCUUACCAGGCCACCUGUGGGCUGGAUUGACUGCUCCCGU